GAAAACUAAAGUUUCUAGGGUUCCAAAUUGGUGAAAUGAAGAAAAAGACUUACAAAGUUUGAAAAUUCUGACAGACUCAAUGGCCACUUUCAGGUGACCUCUGAAAGUGUGGCCUAAACACUAUGCAUUCGUAAUAAUAAUUAACUAUAAGAAAUAGACAAUUUGGUAAUGUAUCGCUGUGUCAAUUGUGGAGCUGUGGUGGAAGAACUUUAUGGAAGAUACUGUGUAAAUGUUUUAAAGCUUUUGAAAUGUAAUGCAUGUGACCAGUUGGCUGAUAAAUACAUCGAAUACGACCCAGUAAUAAUCCUAGUUGAUCUAAUAUUACUGAACAAACGAGCAUACAGACACCUACUUUACAAUUGCGAAUUUAAGUCUCAUUGGAAGCUAGUCAUAAUUAUCUGGCUCGUUGAGUCCUUUCGAAAUCUUUCUUUAUGCGAUGACAAAAAAAUUAACGAAACUUCCAGAACAUUUCAGCCUACUUUCGACGGACAUUGCAAUCUCUAUUUGCUUCUGUUCAACACUGGCUUUUCUCUUGCUACAUUCGUCUGCACUGUGAUUCUUUUUACGAAGGUUAAAUGGUAUUUUUCUGAGAAGGAUUACAAUAAAUACAGCCUAACGCAUGUAUGGAAAGCUUUGGUAAUAGGCGGAUCCUUCAAACUGUUAGGAUUAUUGGAAAUCACAUGGGGUCAUAUUUUUCUGGCGCCCCAUUAUCUUCUCAUUUUGGGAUACACGCUUCUCUGUUUGCUAACUGCUUAUUCGGUGGUAUCCAACAGCGGAAAAAUUGAAUCCUUAAUCGUCCUGGGAAUGGGCAUACUAGUUUACAAUUGUGCAUCUAGUUUUCUCUUCGCGUUAUUUGAAUCUUUAGAACUAGUCUAA